AGAUGCAAGGUCCGCUUGACAACCCUCAAGCAGUAGAUUGGACACGCCUACUCUGGUACCUUCCUCCUGCCGCUGCGUCAGUGGAGCUGUCAGGAGUUUCAAGUUGCAUAAGCUUAAAAUAGACCUAACAAAAUCAACUGCCUAGCUAAACCAACUGGAUCUUAACCUUUUCCAGAACAAAAAGACAAUUUUGGACAACAUGACUCAUUGAAAGGGCAAGACCAGUUUUGUAAAAGUUUUUUCAUUAUCUUGCAUCUGAAAUGAACCUUCUAUGUAAUUGUUUUAGAAAGAUGUUAGCUUGGAUAAAUAUGUGGCUAACAUAUAGUCUUGUGAGAGUUUGCAGCAUUUUUCCCAGAGUUGGUGGAUGGACACCAGGCGUCACCCGCGCCAACGUGUCACACCGAGAAAACUCAGAUGAGUGGAAAAGUAGCAUGGCACUUCGCACGUAUGACCAUCAAGGCCAAGGCGGCAGUGCGGUCACAGUCCAAACCAGCACGCACACAUUCCGUGUAGACCUGGGAAGGCUUUCUGAGUGCAGCGAGUACUUCCGUGCUUUGUCUCAGUCGGGGAUGAGGGAAGCAGCCGAGAACCUGGUCCACCUCGAACACGUUUCGUCAGCCGUCUUUCGCCAUCUGCUGGAGUAUUACUUCCACGACGCAUUUGAAACCCCACGAGAGGAGGAGUUAGGCUCUCAUAUACAGGUAUCCAGCUACCUCCUGGCUGAGGCCUUUCUCUCGCGGUGUCUGUCUGAGCUGACAGAGAAGCUGAGGCCGGAGAGGUGUCUGUCCUAUCUGAGUCUGGCUCGGGAGAUCUGCUGCGUGGAGCUGAGGAGCACCGUGUUUGCCUACCUAAGCAGGAACCUGUUGGAGCUGCCUCAUGUCAUCAGGUGUCUGAGCGAGGAGGAAAAAGAGGAGCUCAUCCUACUGAGGACACAAGGGAAACCUUGUCUCUGCAGUCUUCGGAAGGAGAACCUGAUGUCUUGGAAGGACCCGGAGACAGAGCGUGCCCGCUAUGUUUUUGCCAAGCAAAACGGAGCGUGGCAACCCGCUGCUGAGUUCCCUUUCCGGGCAGACAAGUGGUGCUUCACGGUUGUGGUGCUAUAUAACUACUUGUACAUCAUAGGAGGCUACAGGACCCUUGUGAGGAGAAGGUGGGACUUCAAAAUUGCCACGUUUCGGUAUAAUCCUUUGACUUUGGAAUGGUCUACUGCUGCUCCACUUAUUAAGCACAGGAGGCAUUUCAGCGCAGUGGCCUGCCAGGGCCGUAUCUACGCGCUGGGUGGCUGGUACUUGGACUCCCUGGUCACCCCAGACUCCAGCACGGCCCUGUACACAGCCGUGGAGUGCUACGAUCCAUGGGAGGACUCAUGGAGGUUUGUCUCGUCACUCCCGCUCACGGAUUUCCAGUUCACCGUAUCUUUAUCUCAUGAUGUGCCUCUAGCGACCAGUCUUGGACACUGCCUCUAUGUCCUGGGUAGCAUACAGAGGACUGGAGAAAAACUGAUGCUCCAGUACAACACCAAGCAAGAUUUGUGGUGUGAGCUGCUUCCCACUCUCACUAGAGCAGAUGCAGACCUUCCAGCUCUUUACUUCCUCAUGGGCGCCUCCGACAAGUUAGUGGUGAUUGGAGGAAACAACUUGCACAAUGUGGUCAUGUGGUUUUGCACACGCACGCAGAAAUGGGGACAGGCACACAGUAUACGGAAAACGGCGUUGGCCGGACAGGGGGCGCUGUUAGGCUCGCAGCUCGUGAUGCCGAGUGUGGAGCAUAACAGCGUGGUGACGAUGGACUUGCAAACGCUCACUAUGAAGGUCCUGACUGCUCUGCCCAUCUCUAUCUGCUAUGAAGCCGUCUUUUACCUUCAUUUUUGAUGAUACACUCCAUAUCCUAUGUUAAGAUUGCCUGAAUAUCUGUAACAGAAUUAUGUCAAAAACAAAGUUAUAUGACAUAUAAUCAUAUAUGUAAUGUGUACUAAACUCAAUGGCAUUGCGUAAUAAUUUAGUACCAUUUAUUAUUGAAAACACAAAACAAUAUAAAUUGUUUUAUGAAAAUGCU